AUGGCAGCUGAGCAAAAGGGACGGAAUAUUGUUAUCAUUGGUGGCGGAAUCAUAGGAUCGACCACAGCAUACUUCCUCUCCCACCAUGAAAACUUCAACAAAGAUAGAGACACAAUUACCUUAUUAGAGGCCACAAAAAUUGCAGGCGGCGCAUCAGGUAAAGCUGGCGGUCUCCUUGGGCUCUGGGCUUAUCCAUCCUGCAUCGUGCCACUGAGCUACAAACUGCAUGAAGAACUCGCGGAGAAACAUGGUGGUGCGGAGCGCUGGGGCUAUCGAAAAGUACAUGUUGGGCAGAUUGAUAUGUAUGGUGUGCUCGCCAAGCAGAGCAAAGAUGUGAAGAAGAGCGAGGAUUCCGUCUCACUGCAGAAGCGCACGCAGUCAGCAAAGGCAUUAUUGCGCGCAGCCGGCGUGCCCAAGGACUUGGACUGGGUAGCUGCCGAGGGUAUCCAAAGCUACGAAGAAAUGGGCACCCCAGCAACAACUGCUCAAGUUCACCCGUACCAAUUCACCACAUCUAUGGCUUCGCUGGCCGAAGAGCGCGGAGUGAAACUAAUCCUCGGCUCAGUGACGGCUAUAAACCAAUCUUCCGGCGCCGUCACCUCAGUGACUUACAAGUCCAAAGACAGCGAAGAGGAAGUCACCAUACCAGCAGACACCGCCAUCCUAACCACCGGCCCCUGGACAAAAUCCCUCUGGCCCACAGCUCCCAUCUCCGGCCUGCGAGCCCACAGCGUCACGAUCCGCCCCUCCCGCCCGGUCUCGCCUUACUGCCUCUUCACAUCCAUCACCACCGGCACCUCCACAGCCACCCCAGAAAUCUACGCCCGCCCCAACGCCGAAGUCUACGCCUGCGGCGAGGGCGACACACUCAUCCCCCUCCCCGCCUUAUCUUCCUCCGUAGAAGUCGACCAGAGCAGGUGCGAAGAUAUCAUCAGUCAAGUCAGCAGUAUUAGCGAGGAAUUGCGCGACGGAGAGGUUACUGCAAGACAAGCGUGUUAUCUCCCGAAUGUCGAAGGAAGAGGAGGAGGGCCGAUUGUGGGGGAGACGAGGGUGAAAGGAGUGUUUUUGGGCACGGGGCAUACGUGUUGGGGAAUUCAGAAUGGGCCGGGAACGGGGAGGGUGCUUAGUGAGAUGGUUUGGGAAGGCAAGGCGAGCAGUGCGGAUGUGAGGAGUUUGGCGCCGGGACGGUGGGGAUUGUAA